GUCACAAGAGAUAGUGGUCCGGCCGCGCAACCAAGAGAAGCUAGGACUGCUUCAGUGCAAGGGCAGCCCAGGUGAGGUUGUCUUGAGAGCUUGGAAAGAAAGUUCAAUCCAAUUAUUGCCGAAAUUGUGGUCCUUCUCCUUGCCGGAGUCUGGCUUAGAUCCCAAAGUCGUCUCUGCAUGGCUGCAGGGUCACAUUUCCUGGGGUUUCUGCCUGGUCCACUUGGUCGAUGGACUUCUACGCAAGGGCUCCACGGAACGGGGCUGGAAGACCACUGAUGUGGCCAACGACUCGCGAAACAUGCCCGAAGUCACAGUUGAGCAGCUCAAUAGCCAGGGGCGUCAAGCUUUGGUGGAUCAUUUGAUGCUCAACGCCAAGCCGUGGUUGCUGGGAACGCUGGCAGGUGGCCUCGUGAACUUGCCAGGCUUUGAGAAGAGGGAAUUGGCGGAGUUCCUUCCGGCACCCAAAGUGUCUCCCGAGCAGGCAGUGGAGGAUGCUUUCCACUGGUUCUGCCAAGGAUUCCCAGAUCAGGAGCAAUCUGCGUUGCUGGUGCAGAGUCACCAGUCCCUGGUGCUGGCCAUCUCCUACCGACGGCUCCAGUUGAAGGUUUUGGGUACCAUUCUGGCUGCAGUAUCCUCAACUGCCUUAACUCUUGAGAUGCAGCAACUCCGUAGCUCUUGCUGCAAGGCGCAUCCAGUGGUCAGCUCCAGCAAUGCCGCCAAGAUGGUGCAGGCGGCCGUCAAGAUGGAGACUCUCCGUGCGGCGGCCUCGAAGGACAUGCUCUAUGGCCAGGAGAAAGCCGAUUCACAUUUUACAAAGAGAAGCGAGCUCUCGGAUUGGGAUCUCUGGCGGCUCAUGGGCUUGAUGCAAAGCUGCAUGGAGCAGAGCAGUGAGCUUCGCAACCUAUUGGAGGCGGCCGGAUUUCUGGAACAGGACACCAAGGAACGGUUGAUGAGAUACAUGGUCUCCCUGGACAAGUCGCGUAACGAUUCCAGGGUGCUGAAGGAGAAAUACGCACUGGAAGCGCAGAGGAUCCUCAUGGAAUUGCCAACAAUGCCCGAGACUAUGGAGCUCUGUGGGCUGCGCUGCCACGCGUUGGUGACGGCGUGGAUGGAGCGGCCGGCUGGGGUGGAGGAGUGGUUCCAAUGCCUGCCACAGCUUCUGUCAGUCCAGGGCUGGGAAAUUGCCAGUGAUCGGCACGGCCACGGAACCAGUGGAACGCAUGAAGCGGCUGGAACCCUGUCCCACUGCCUUUGCCCCUGGGGUGGCAGAUUGAUCAAGAUCACCUUGGACGGUAUUGCCAUCAAAGACCCACCGCAAGACAGCUCGCAUGUGCUGGUGAGACCGGAAGUUCGCGCACAGUUCCUGAAGGACCAUCCGGAGUACAGUGCGGCUGGUUACGGGGUCUUUGGCUUUGAGCUGCUGAAUCACGUCGCGCCCGGCCACGCGGUGGUGAAGACCUGGGCCUUGUGGAGCCUCUUCCGGCUGUGCACCGUGCUGUUUGGGCAGCUGAGCAGCGGCCAUGGGGAGGAGGGGAGUGCCAGGCAGAGGUUGGUGCGCGACUUUCCAAGGCAUGGGGAUGCCACCUAUACCCAUUCCCAGGAUUUCGGUGAGAUCAGAGACGUCUUGGUGAUAUGUCGACCCACGAUGCUCGAUGCUUUCGACGUCCAGGUCAUAUUCAGCGUGCAGGAGGAUAAGUUCGCGCAUUGGGCGGUUCCGCAGUUUGCAAAGCUCAUGGAAUCGGCCCGCAAGAGCACCGAGUGGUUUCUGAAUCGGCCCGGGGUCAACCAGCUGCGACAACUGGAUGAGGACUUCUAUACUAUCUUGGCGAUUCAGAGUUGGCAGCGGGGCCCUCCCUUUCUGCCGGCACGCACCGGGGAUGGGGUUGUGGCGCCCACAGUCACGAUUGACGCGGGGGAGAAGCUUGGGCUAACCUCCUGGUCACGAUUUCACCCUCCGGGCGAGAAGUUUCUCUUCUCCCAAUACUUGGAACAGUUUCUGGAAUACCUGCUUGGUGAACAAAUUGACGUUUUUAGCUCGCUUGAUGGUCGGCAGCUUGUGCCAUAUCAAGCCGCUGUGUUGCGACAGAAGUGGUCGCGGAUUCGAAUGGUUUUCAGCGACGCCUUCUCGUUGCAGAAGACCGCGUAUCGACGUGCCAACGGAGGCACCACUGCACCCAAUGUCCAUGAAGACGUGAAGCCGCGGUUCUUACCGCAUGGAAGCACGCGUGGCAAUGACAUUUCGAGUGCGGUUGAAAGCUGCGUAUCUCAGGAAGCACCACAGCACAAGGUCGUGGUCCGGCGAACCUUCUUAGAAGUGGAGACGGAUGAUGAGGAGAUUGACUUUGACUGCUCUGAAAGACAUGGACGUCGAUACCGCACAGUGAACUCUCUGUGCACAGACCGUUCAGGUGUGAAGACCACCAAGCGGCUUACAAGGCAUCAGGAGAACGCUGAUGAGUACAAAGAACCCUUCCAGCAGAUGCAUGAUGCCUAUGUGAAGCUCCUCGAACACGUGGCUGGCUGCCUGCCGACAGAGAGUGCAUCUGCCACCAGGAAGAUCACGAAAUUGCACCUUGGGCUCCCCUCCAAGUUGCCGCAAGAGUUGUGGGAUCUGACAGACAACUUGCUCAAUUCUGCCCAAUUGGCCCUGAUGCUCCGGCACCUGGCCAAUCCGCCAGAGUGCCGGCCGUUGGGCCGCGCCGCCAGCGGGCCCGCUAUGAGGAGCAGGAGCGGAAAGCGCAAGCCUAAGCCGGGGCAAAAUGCCCAAGCAGAGUCUGACCUUGGGAAAGAUGAUAAAAGUGGAGGAGCGGAGGAGUCUGAGGAUGGCAGUGAUGGCAGUGAAGAUUUCCCUGGAGGAGAGCAGCCUGAUGACCCCCAGUUAUCUGAUGGCCACCAAUCCGAUGGCUCCCAGCGAUCUGAUGACUCAGGUGCUUUAUGGAUGGACUCCCAAAGCUUGACGAGGGGUCCUUGGCGCAGUAGCAGCUGCCAGGGGCGAAAGGGUUUGAUUUUCCACUACGCAGGAGCGGUCAUGGAGGCGGGGGCAAAGGCCUAUGCGCUCGCCGACAAAAUUUGUCCCUGGGUCAAGGAGACCAAGCCCUUCUUUGCCAGCUUCCUCUGCCAGUUCAAGGGCCAAAGUACACCUGGUGCCUCCGACCUGCUGCUGCACCAACACUCUGUGCUGGACCAGCUUGAGGCUGGUUAUAUGUGGAGCGUCGCGGCACGGAAGUUAGGGUUGCACUCCAAGACGCAGGCGUCAGAAUGUUCUGACAACAGCUGUCUCUGGGAGCCGCGCAGCAAGGAAGGCCGCACCGACGGCCAAGCCUUGGCACAGGACGCGGGCGUGGCCGCGCUGUCUUUCGCGGCCAGUUUCAUGGCCUGUGAGGAGGCGUAUCAGGAAGCCCAGCGCUUCGGGGUGACCUACACGCGUUUCGUUCAGACCAAAGAGAAGUACAAUAGCCCAGAUGGAGUGGACGGUCAAGAUAAAGCCUCGAGCGAAACAACUGGAAGAGAGAAGGAUUACGUCGGUGCAGCAAUUCUGAUCUGGGAGUACAACAGAGAGAUGAUUGCGCAUCAACUCAAGCUCCGGGAUGAUGUGCAGAGGUAUCCCUUCCUUCUGGACCCAGUCACCCAGCCGGAGAAGGAGGCCGUCUUCGGUGUGGUCUCAGAGGUCCUGCAGAUCAUCGGGCAUCAGCUGGAGCAGUUAGCACUGGAGGAAUCCAUAGAGGAGAUGGAGGCAACCUUAUCACCCAUCUUUGUGGCCACAGCCUGGCACUGGAUCGCCUCACCACCCUCAGUAGAGGCACGGCUGCUGCGUCUGGCUGCGCUCAUCGAUGUGGCGACGUUGAAACUGAUGCUGAAGGACUUCUUUGCCCUGAAUCUGAACACCCUAGGUGAUCGAGGUUUGCCCAUGGGCUGCCGGGUGCAGCUGUCCAAAAAGUGGGACGAUGCCAUGCAAAGGUUGGAGGAGUUCCAAUGUCCAGCAUCGCAAGUGGUUGAGCUUGACGAGUGGCCAGAUCAAACGGGUUAUGAUGAUGGGGACGAAUCUGCAGGAGAGAUUUUACAGGAUUUGUUUGCGACCUUGCUGACUCACUGA